AACAGUGAACAGAAAAAUUAUCCCCUAUAAACCAAAGGGAAAAAAAAAAGAAAGAAAGUCAGAAAUCUCAAAUCGGUGACACCAAAUCCUUCUCGCCCAUUGAUACAGUCUACUUGUGCUUCAAUGGACAUUUGAUUUCAUCAAAUCCUGCGUUAGUUUACCGAUGGACUCUGUAGCUGCUGACGGGGCGGAUUGUGCUAUUUCAAAUGGUGGUGUGACUAUGGAAGGAGACAGUAGUAAUGGAAAUGGUACUUCGGAGAAUUUGGAAGGUUGUUCCACUCAGUAUCCUAUGGAGGCAUCUGAGGGCACACAAAAUGAACAAGUGGAUGAUUCAAAACAGAUGAGUAGACAAAAGGUGCAAGGAAAAGUCAAGCAUGAGAAGACCUCUGGGGGCAAGAAUAUUCCAUCAGUCUUGGUGAAGAAGAAAAGAGAUGGGAAAGUGGUGGCAUCAAAUGGCUCGGUUGCUCCAAACGUACCUCCAGUAAAGUCUCCUAAGAGCAAAUCGCUCAACGUUAGAGAGGCUCAUGUCACGAAGCAUGGGAAGAAUCACUCUACACCAGCUGAAGGGACCAGGGACAAGCCAAAACUGAUGGCAACAAGGAAACAAGUCAAUGAUACAUCUGAAGAUGAUACGCAGUCUUCCAAUAGUCCAAAAGAAGAAGAUGGCAAAUCUCGUCGAGCUAGUUCACUUCCAAAUUAUGGAUUCAGUUUUAGAUGUGACCAACGAGCUGAAAAAAGAAGAGAGUUCUAUUCAAAACUUGAGGAAAAGAUCCAUGCGAAAGAAGAGGAAAAGAAUACUGUACAAGCCAAGUCCAAGGAAACCCAAGAAGCUGAACUUAAGAUGCUAAGGAAGAGUCUGAACUUCAAAGCCACCCCAAUGCCUACCUUCUAUCAAGAACCUCAGCUACCUAAAACAGAGUUAAAGAAGAUACCAACGACGAGACCAAAAUCUCCAAAACUCGGGCGGAAGAAGACCGAUUCUGGAGCAGAUUCUGAAGAAGCCAUUACUAUUCAAACCCCUCGCAUUGGUAGGCUGAGCUUAGAUGAGAAAGCUCCUGUCGUCAAAGGAAGUGUUCCUGUUGAGACCAAGAAGCUACCAAUGCGCAAGUCACUUCCCAGGUUGCCUUCAGAAAAGACAAAUCUGUCCAACGGGAAGGUGGCUCCAGCAAAAGCUGUAACAGCCUCAACAAAGGCAAAAUCCGAGAGAAAGAAACCAGAUAAAGAUGUGGAUGCCCAAAGCCAGUCAAGUCCUGUAGGCGACAAUGCUGACCCAGAAGAUUCACAAGAACAAGCUCCAAGAGUGAAUGAAGACAGAAACGAAUCUCACAUGGUAGUGGAAGUGGUUGCGGUUGAACCUUAAAACCUACGGUACGAUUGUUGUGACCACCAAAAUCGCAUUCAUGAAUUAGUUAAGGAGCGAAAAAGAAACAGUGUGAUAAAUGGGUGAAAUCAAACUGUUUAUUCAGAAGAUGGACAAAGAGUGAAAGAAAGAGAUGCAAAUUUGAUGCUGUGCUUUACUUCACAAGGUUGCUUGCUGCUUCUAUAUUUCGUUCGUGAGAGCUUCAAUUGUGUUGCAUGAUGUUGGGUCGUAAUGCUUAAAUUCUGUUUGGUUGUUUGUCGUAAAGAUCUGUUUUUUUCAUUCUGUUAUGAUGCUUAAAAGGUGAAUUUUGAGGAGAUUGUAAUUGAGUUGUGUGCUGUGUAAGCUGUUGUGCACAAAGUUACGGGAACAUUGACACAUUUUUCAGUACAAUUCAUAGAACCCUGAAUGUUAGAAGACGUUCAAGCU